CCCUUUUCGGGGGUGGUCCGUAUGGAACAAGAUGUUUUUCGUGCUGCCGUAUCCAGUCAAAGCUCAAGCUUAUGCGCCUGUCGGACCUUAUCGGCCACUUCACUGCUUCCCCGAAAUCACGAACCCCAGCUUCGAUCGCUGCGGAGUUUCAAUCCUUUUUGACGCCACAAGGAAAGCCUUCCUUGAUAAGCUUGUAUAUCUAGUCGCUCUGCUUAAGCUUCAAGUUGUCGAACUGACAGUUUUCGUCUGGGUUGUAGCAAUCUUGGUUCUCUGAGUGAGGUUCAUGUCAUUGAGGAUCAUCUCACCAAUCUCAAGCGCAAACUCCUCGAAGUUGAGACCAAAGGUCUGACCUCCGAGUACAACAAAGCCGUCAAAAUCUGAAGCAGCUGUUAUGAUGAAAAUUCACUAAAGUAUAAUAGAAGCCGCUGGAGCGAUCUCAUUAUCUUGAAUCUUAAAGUCAGUAUCCGGUUCGAUAGCAUGGUAUGUUGUGAUCCACUUACAAGGAUCAUGGCCAGAGUUGGCAACAAACGAAUCAAGUCAAAUCAAGUCCUCUUCACGGAGCACCAUCUGAUCUGUG